GCCAGAUGAUGGAAUAGAAUGGAAGCGUGGCGGGGAUCUGAAUCCGUGGCGUCUAGUGAGGGUUUGUUUCAAGACGCGACGAGCAGCGUUCGGGAGGUUGCAUCCAGUCGGUCGUGGCUUGUAAGUUGAAGUCAAAAGAAAAUACUCUCGGCCGCGCUUGCACGGAAAUGCUGCGGGCUAAGGCUUGGGCAAGCGUCAUGUCGGCUUUCAGCGCAGCACCCGAUCAUUGAAGUCAUGACGUGCAUGAAGGGAUCAAAUCAAAAUACCACAUUCAUACUAAUAUUAACACUAAUAUCUGCGCAUACUAUAUAUGAAGCCGGGGAAAUUCAUCACCUUUCUUCCCUUCGGUUCUUCCCAACCUGCCUAAUCUAUCCUGGCCAACCCACUCAUUCGAUCCUGCGACAACCCAACUACUGGCCAGCAUGAAGCGGAAGGAAAUCGUGAUUAUUGGUGGAGGCGCGGCUGGCAUGUCUUGUGCGUCUACCUUGGCAGACCACCCAGAGCAGUUCAAAAUCACUAUCAUCGAGCGAAUGCCGGUCACGGGGGGUCAAGCAACGUCUAUCUCAUUAGAUAAAGCGAAAUACGGAGCAGGCUGGAUGAAUGAUGGUGUGCAAGGGGGGUCUCCGAUAUUCAAACACACUUUCAAUUUCUUCAAAAAGUAUGGCCACCAGCCCCAGGAAGUCAAACUACAGGUUGCCUUCGGCAAGGGACCCGACGGAUUUUGGACCAACUGCUUUCCAAGCAAGUUGAUAGAGCAAUUUUCAGUUGAUAUAAAAAGGUUUGGCAAGGUCUUGAAAAUCAUCAAGUGGACAAUGCCCAUAUUGGGCAUUGUUCCAAUCCGCGUCAUGCUCCGGAUGUUCUUAUUCAGCAAGGACUUCGGUAACAAGAUGGUGUAUCCCUUAAUUGCACUCUUCUUGGGGACGGGAAAUCAGACGGCAAAUGUUUCGUGUGUCAUCCUUGAACGACUAUUCGACGAUCCAAAUAUGAAACUAUGGGACUUCGAUUCUGAGACUCUUCUCCCAAAUUUGCCGAAAAUGGUAACCUUUCCAAAUCUACAUGAUUUUUAUGAGGAUUGGAGGAAGGACCUGGAGGACAAAGGAGUUGAUAUUAGACUGAACACAGACGUAACAGGAGUUCUUCAGCGAGGUGAUAAAGGGGUUAUCAUCCAGACACGACCGUUUGAUGCACUCGCAAAUGGGAGAAGGGGAGAGCAUGUUGGGCCACAAUCAAACCCCGAGAGAUUUGACGAGCUUGUUUUAUGUGUAUUGGCAGAUGACUCUCUCAAAAUCCUGGGGAAAACAGCCACCUUGAAAGAGCGAUUUGUGCUCGGUGGAGCCAAGUUUUUUGACGAUGUAACAAUUACACAUUCCGAUUGCGAUUAUUUUCAAAAACACUACGAAACGGCCUUCGAUCCCGAACUCUGCGCAGAGCCACAUUCCAAGACACAGGAAGGCCAGAUAGCAUUUGCAAAAGGUCAGCAACGAGGUCCAAGCGACGAACCGGGUGGAUUUAGACCGAUGUAUUUCACAAAGUCAUAUGCCGAGGACCCGAAGAAGAUCGAGAUGUCCUUUGAUUGCUCGAACUACCAGCAUCAAUUCCGCACGGAUCAUGAUGCGGAAACAACCCCUGUUCCAUUCCAAAAUCACGUCUUCCAGAGCAUCUUCCUGGACAAAGAGAACAAACAGCUCUGGACAAUUGACGAAAUCGAUGAGAGCAAGAUAAUAGGGAAAAAAUGGUGGCACCAGCUCGGGCACCGCUGGCAACACUACCUUCGUGUUGUACCUGGCAUGAUGUUCAUCAACGGGAGAAACCAUACACUCUUCGCCGGAUCAUGGACAUUGGUGAACAUGCAUGAAUUGGCCUGCGUUAGUGGUAUCACCGCUGCUUUUCGUCUUGGUGCCGAAUACAUGAAGUUCGAUGAUUUUGCUGAAGACUUCUUCAGUAAAUACUUGCUUCUUUCACACGGAGUAAGGUACGAGGCAGAGAAAAGGAAAAGGGAGCAGAAGGGCAGCUAGGAACUUAGUCGAGAAACGCAGUGGAGUAUGGAACCCUUGUAUUAGCCUAAAAUUCCAUCACCGCUAGGUAGCUGAAUCCCAUCGA